AGGCAUGAUGCACAGAGACGUGAAGCCCGACAACUUCCGCUUCCAAGACAGCGAGGGCCUGAGCCUGCAACUGCUGGACUUCGGGGCCGCGAAGCCCGACGCCACGGAUUCCCCCGCCGCGCACUCCGUGACGGGCACGCUGCUCUUCGCCGCGCCCGAGGUAUUCGACGCCUUCUACUGCAGGUCAUGUGACCUGUGGAGCGUCGGCGUUGUCUACUUCUUGCUGGUGUCCGGCUACGCGCCGUUUGAGAGCUCUGACGUGACCAUGCUCCGCUCGAUGCACAGGGACCCCGUGCUUACGGGCGACAGCCUCCUUCGCGGAGAGCAGUGGAAGAAGGCGCCGCACGGGGCGCGGGAGCUCGCGCGCGGGCUCCUCCAGGUGGACCCGGCGAAGCGGCUGAGCGCGGCCGCGGCCCUGCAGCUGCCGUGGCUGCGCCAGGACGGCGGCCAGGACGAGGCGGACCCCGAGCUAGACGGAACGCGCUCCCACCCCCUCGUGCGGAACUCGAGCAGGUCGGCGUCGAUCACGGACUUGCGCCGCUCUUACUUCGUCUGGAACCUCGCCGAUUGCACCAGCAGCGACGGAGAGGACAGCCCUGGCACAGCCAUGCUCUGCCAGUGUCGGCAGCAGCUCGGCGCCCGGCUGCUGACGGACGGCGUCAACGACGGCGCCUGGGAGGAGGGCAAGGACGAGGAGGUCUGGCAGGGCUCCCUCCCCUCGUGCCUGCCCUCGACCGCGGACAGCACCGACGGCAACUGCUAGCAGUGACGGGCGCAGAGCACGGCGCGUGGACCCUGCGCGCGCAUGCCUCUGGGCCGAUGCUCUCGGUGUACGGCGCCCCGCGUUGCCAGCCGUGUUCUGCUCUCCACGGCCACCCCCGCCAUUUGAAGCGAGCAUUUGUGGGUGCGGGUGGAGCAGGGGGGGAAGGGGCGAAUAGCUGCGUGGACAGAGCCGACGCCUCUGCCUCCCGGCGCCUGCUGUUUUGCUCCUGCCGCCCGCGGAGCCAAGAGAAAGCGCUGGCUCCUCUCGCGCUCUCGCCUUCGGAUGGCGGCCCGAGGUG